GGCGGUCUGUUUUGGGGUCCUUUCAGUUCCUGGUCCACGUCAAGCAGGAUUUGCGAUUAUGAUGACAACACGGGAAAGAAAAUAGUUUUAACAGCGAGUGGACUGGGAUUAUUUACCCUCCAGAAGAUGCCGGGGGAAGUUUUGCGCUCUGCACUUUGAUACAGAAAAGACCCCAAGAUGUCUUGGUUCGUUGAUUUAGCUGGCCGAGCCGAGGAUUUCCUGAACAAAGUGGACCAGGGGGCUGCCAGCGCUCUGACCAAACACUCGAGCCACAGUUCCUCCUCGGCUUCGUUCGAACCUCCAGAGCCGGAUUUAACUCAGUACAGCGCUCCGUAUGAGACCCGUCACAGCUACACGGGCCACGAGACGCAGAGCUUCAUCUCUGCUGCUGCCGAGAACAUUAAGAAAUCCAAAGCCACCGUGUUAGCAGGGACAGCUAACGUGAACAGCACAACUCCUCUGAGUUCAGCUGUUAGCAGCAGCAGCAGCGGUGCAGUCAAAGCUUCGUCAAACUUCGUGAGGCCCAAACGAUCUGAAGUGGACGAUGAUCUGCUGUUCGACUUCCUGAACAGCUCGGAUCCGCCACAGAGCGACAGGAAGGAGGUGAGGAGAGACACGGCGAUCCGGAUGACCAGUGUGGCUGAAGGACCGGCUCAGGGGCAGGCGACGGUCCCGUCUGCCCCGGCUACUCCUCCUUCUACCCGGGCUCUGUCCCGAACCUCCAGCCUCGGCUCCCUGACUGCGAGUACACACAGCGCCAAGACCGAGAACGACUCCCCUCGAGACGGAAGCCAAGGUACCACUUUAGUAAACUGUGAUACCCCGGAGAGCUCCGAUUCAGGCCUGGCAGCAGCUGCACCAGAUGUUCAGGCCGUGGUGGAGCCGAGCUCAGCUCAGGAGGAGCAGCUCAGUCAGGUGGUGUCUGGUCUGCGUUUGGAGAACCAGCUCCUGCGCAGUGAAGUGUCCUCACUCAACCAGGAGAUGGCGUCGCUCGUCCAGAGAGCCAAGGACACGCAGGAGGAGCUGAACCAGGCCCGAUCUCGUGCUGAGAAGUGGAACGCAGAGCAGAGUCGCUCAGACCGUGCUGUCAGGGAGCUAAGGUCGCAGGUUGAUGACCUCACACAAGCUCUGACAGCCAAGGACGCUCAGCUGGCCGUGCUCAGGGUGCGACUGGACGAGGCGGAUCAGUUACUGAAGGCCAGAAGCUCGGCGCUGGAGGACGCUCAGAGCGAGAGGACCAGGAUCCUGCAGGAUCACAGUGAGGGUAACAGUCUGCACUCUCAGGCUCUACAGACGCUGCAGGAGCGACUCCGAGAGGCAGAGACAGCUCUGAACAGAGAGCAGGACAGCUACAGGCAGAUGCAGAGUGAGUUUGCGACGCGGCUGGCGAGGACGGAGGCGGAACGACAGACGCUGGCCGAGUCGUUGAUGGGCGCCGAGCGCAGAGCGACAGAGGAGAGGCAGAGAGCCGAGGAGCUCCAGCAGCAGGCCAAAACCGCCCGAGCUGCAGCCGAUUACGCCAAACAGGAGCUGCAGGAAUACAAAAACAAAGCCUCACGCAUCCUCCAGUCCAAAGAGAAGCUGAUCAGCAGUCUGAAGGAGGGCUCGGCUUUGGAGGCGCUGGACGCCGGAGGAACAGCCGAAGUGGAGCUGGAGGAGUUGCGACACGAGAAGGAGCUCCAGAAGGAGGAGAUCCAGAAACUCCAGGCUCAGAUACAGAGCCUUCGUUCAGAAAUACAGGAGCUGGAGAACCAGGCCCUGGUGGAGGCCGAGAGCUGGAGAGAGCAGCAGCUGGAGCUACAGGAGCAAAACUCGCAACAGAGCCGACAGAAACAAGAGGUGGAGGCUGAACUGGAGCGCUGCAAACAGGAGCUGCAUUAUGUGGAGGAGGAACACCAUCGCACUAAAAGCACCCUGCAGAGUCGCAUCAAAGACAGAGAGGAUGAGAUCCAGAAACUCAGGAACCAGCUGACCAAUAAGGCUCUGAGCAGCAGCAGCCAGGCGGAGCUCGAAGGCCGUCUGCAUCAGCUCACUGAGACUCUGAUCCAGAAACAGACCAUGCUGGAGGCUCUGGGCACGGAGAAGAGCUCGCUCGUCUUCCAGCUGGAGCGUCUCGAGCAGCAGCUGAAGAGCGUGCAGGGAGGCCAGAGCGGAGGCUCACACAUCAACAUGGCCGCCGUGGACGGACCAGGUGCGAGGCAGAGAAACACACCGGUGCUGUUCAGCGAUCAGGACGGCUCAGAGACAGGUGUGUACGGGAAAGUGCGCAAAGCAGCCAGCACCAUAGAUCGCUUCAGCAUCCGGUUAGGAAUCUUUCUCAGACGUUACCCCAUGGCCAGAGUCUUUGUAAUUGUUUAUAUGGCACUACUGCACCUCUGGGUGAUGAUCGUCCUGCUGACAUACACACCUGAGAUGCACUCACAGUCUCAUCCCGAUGGCAGAUAGAAGACUUUAUUAUGUAUAAGAAAUCUUUAUCAGAUGCUCUACAUGUAUAGAAAUGAAGCUUAUAUUAUCUGUCAGGAGCAGGACGACAGCAAACGUGCAUUCUGUUUGAACGUUUCAUCGCCUUUUUUCUCUCUCAUUCCUUCACUUCCUCUUCAUUUUUGUCCUCCUCUUUCCUCUCUUUUUGGUUCUUUUAUUUUGAAACGAAUCAUCUGCAGUGUGCAAGCAGAACUGAGCGAGAUAUUUAAAGACAGGGUUCGAUUUAAUUUUCCUCAUGGAAGAUUUGCAUUUGGUUUUUACUCAUGCCUACUUUUGGUACAACUUGACUGUAAUUCUUCACUUUGAUUUCUUUUAAUAAACAUUAAAACACUUAAAAAAAAAAAAAAAGAC